AUGGAGCAAGUAUGCUUUGCCCAGAUGCCGCAGCUCUACUGCCCUCCUGAUGUGCCGAUCGCCAUCCGCGCGACUCUCAAAGCUGGCUCGAGAUCCACGGGGCUCUGGGCGGCGACGAUUGAAGGCCUUCUACCCAGCCUCGUGGCCAUUCGUCGGGCUCUCACUGCCUCCUUGCAGGACGAGGUGAACUUUGCCCGGGGUAGCGGCUCCAGUGCGGACGCGGCCUUCAAGCGCUUCGGACGUGAGUGGAUCGAGCACGAACUGUUUCGCCUUGGCUGCAGUCAGGAAGACUGGCAUCGCACAUUGAAUGGUAUCACCGCCCGACACUUCAACGAGGAGCUGCCACUGCUGGGCCUUCCGCUGGCUUUGUGCCCUACCUGCUGCAGAGACGGCACAGCUCGGCUUCGUGUGGUGACACUACGGAAUCCGUUCGCCAGACUCGCGAGCUAUUGGAGAGAGUGGAAGCAGAGGAGGGGUCACUUAGCCCCGGACAUCUCCUUUGACGCCUGGUUGAAGGAGAUCCUGUCAGAGAGCCCAGAUCGAAGCUUUAUCAGCGAGCGGGACGAGUUCCACGUGGAGCCGGCCUUCACAUCUCCUCCCCAGGAGAAGGAGGUCGUCUUCCUUGUGGAACGUCCUGAAGAGUCGAUCCGAUUGGUGGAG